CGAAGCAACCCGAUCCUGGCCGGUGACAGGCAACGAACCUGUCGGUUCUCAGAACUAAAUAGACACUCCCACAUUACACACGGCUCACUAAAAUCAUACCCGUUCAAAUUUCUGCAAAAUUUUUCGUGUAAACUAAUCAGCUAGACGUCGUUUUCUGGGACUUUGAGUAAAGACUUGUGAGGCGGGAACAUGGCGGAUCCGGAUCUCGAAAUGACAGUGAAGCCGGCGCCGGGGCCCAUAGGAGGCGUCGCAACCCACUACAACUUGGACAACGAGCGCCUGGACUGCGACAACCUGGACGAGACAACCGAAAGGUACAUAGACUACAACCGCCCCUCGUUCUUCACCGUCAUCAUGCGCUUCUUUGGCAAUAUUUUUGUGGAUGUAUUUAAUACGAUUCUUAACUGAUACCCCUAGUACCCCCUGUACCCGUUGUCGGUAGUGUCGAGCUGGCCCGGUGGAGGACUCUCAUUGGACUCUCAAUAAAUGUUUUUAUGAAAA